AUGGUUUCAGACCAUAUUACUAUUCUACUCGAUUGUGGAGGGGUAAGGAGAAGGCGAACACCGUUCUGUUUUGAGAAUAUGUGGCUUAGACUAUGGGACUUCAAGGAGAGGGUUCAUUACUGGUGGACAGGGUAUGAAGUUAGACGAAACCCAAGUUUCCGACUUGCAUCCAAAAUUAUGCUGCUUAAGGGGGAUUUAAAGAAGUGGAAUAAGGAAGUGUUUGGUAAUCUCAUAUGGCGUAAAAACAGAAUUAUUCAAAAAAUUGUUGACAUUGAUAAGAAGGAAGGUAAAGGAUUUCUUAGCGCUACGGACUCAAAUAGGUGGGCAGAAUGCAAGGUUGAGUUUGGAGAGACUGUUAUGAUGGAAGAGAUCUAUUGGAGGCAGAAAUCUAGAGCUCUUUGGCUAACAGAAGGUGAUCGGAACCGCUUGGCAAAUGCCCAUAGAAGAGGAAACCACAUCAGUAGAAUAUGUUUUGACGGUAAUAUGGUGACAAGGGAUGAGGACGUACAGGCUGGUUUUGUGGCUAUACUGGAUGGUUUGGAGUUUGACGAAAUAUCGAGUGAAGAUAAAGAGUGGCUUGAGAGGCCUUUCAGGGAGGAGGAGGUAUUGGAAGCCUUGAGGAGUUGUGAGGGUGACAAAGCCCCAAGGCCGGAUGGGUUUACGUUAGCUUUCUUCCAACACAAUUGGGAGGUGGUUAAGCCCGACGUGAUGGGAGCUCUUUCUUCUUUCUUCUCAGAUGGUGUUUUUGAGAAAAGCCUUAAUGCCUCUUUUAUUGAUCUUAUCCCGAAGAAAAGUGUUGUUUUCGAUGUAAAGGACUUCAGACCGAUCAGCUUGAUGGGUGUCAUUUAUAAGAUUUUCUCUACAUAUUAG